AUGUUCCUCCUCAUGUUCGAGAACAAGCUUGGGUCCGCCCCGCCGAAUGAGAAAGGUACAAAAGUUGGGCGGACACUAGAUCUUGGCACUGGAAGCGGGAUAUGGGCCAUGGAGUUUGGUGACGAACAUCCUGAAGCGGAGGUGAGCAGUCUGAUCCUCUCAUCUAUCUACAUGGUAUUUGAACUCACAGGAGUGCUCAAUACCAGGUUCUUGGUAUCGAUCUUUCUGCAACGUGGCCCAAUUAAUGACAUUGAGGAGCCCUGGACCUAUGCCAAGCCAUUCGAUUACAUCCACAGCCGCAUGAUGGCGUCUUCCAUCGGCGAUUGGGAGACGUACAUACAGAGAUCCUAUGACAACUUGAGUGCUGGCGGGUACUUGGAACUCAUUGAAUUCGACAUCAUUCCCACGUCCGACGACGGAACGUUGAGGAAGGAUUCCGCAAUGUUGAAGUCAUCUCAUAUGAUCAAAGAAGCUGCAGCAAUAUUUGGACGCCCAUUCCGGGAUGUUGUGGGACUAGCAGACCUGAUGAGGGGCAUUGGCUUCAGGGAUGUCCACAUCAAACGAUUUAGAUGGCCAACUAACGCAUGGCCUAAAGACCCCAGACAUAAGGAGCUGGGACUUUGGAAUAACGAGAACAUCACAUCUGGAUGGGAAGGCUUCUGCAUGGCGCCGUUUACGAGAGCGUUGAACUGGACGAGGGAGGAAGUUCUGCUACUCAUGGACCAGGUUCGCCAUGAGUUCAACGACAAGAGCAUUCAUGCAUACUUUAACGUGUAA